CCGUCGUAGAAGAGGAAAUAUUUCUCCUUCUUCCCAUCCUCCGUCUUGUGCUCGGCCCGCUUCCUACUCUCCGCAUCAUUCAGCAAGAUUUCCACCUCCACGCUCUGCCCGAAGCCGAAGAAGCUCAUCUCACCGCCGGGCUGGGCCGGGCCGGCCUCGGAACGUCUUGGAGCGCGCGCGGGAGCGAGCUUUGAAAGUUGACCACCGCGGUGGCUAGCCGGUUCUUGGGAGAUAAUGGUGGCUCUGCCGGGCCUUGGGAGUGGCCUGCAGCCCUGGUGCCCGUUGGAUCUCAGCCCUGAAUGGGUGGACACAGUGUGGGAACUGGAUUUUACAGAGACCGAACCUUUGGAUCCCAGCAUAGAAGCAGAAAUCAUAGAGUCUGGAUUGAAUGCAUUUAUAAAACUAUAUGAAAGUGUUUUUCCCUUUGCUACUGAAGAACAUGGAUCUACAGAGAGCAUAUGGACCUUCUUCAUUGAAAACAGUAUUUCUCACAGGGCACUGGUGGCAUUGUUCUAUCACUUUGUUCAAACAGUCCAUAAGAAAAGUGUCAGUGUGCAAUAUCGACAGUAUGGCCUUCAUGCUGCUGGGCUUUAUUUUCUGCUGCUGGAAGUACCAGGCAGUGUAGCCAAUCAAGUAUUCCACCAGGUGAUGUUUGACAAAUGUAUUCAGAUUCUAAAGAAGAGUUGGCCUCAGGAAUCUAACUUGAAUCGGAAAAGAAAGAAAGAACAGCCUAAGAACACUGAGGCUAAUCCAAGAGGAAAUAGGAAAAGAGGAAAGCCACCCAGGAAAGAAGAUAUUGAGGUGGAUGAACUAGAAGAACAGGAAGAUGAGGAAAGUAUUUGCUUUUCUGCCCGAGACCUUUGUCAAAUUCGAAAUGCCAUCUUUCACCUAUUGAAGAAUUUUUUACGGCUUCUGUCCAAGUUUUCCCUGAAAGAAAAGCCACAGUGUAUACAGAAUUGUAUAGAAGUCUUUGUUGCAUUAACUAAUUUUGAACCAGUUCUUCAUGAAUUUCAUGUUACACAGGCCAGAAGCCUUAACCAAGCAAAGUACAUACCAGAACUGGCCUAUCAUGGAUUGUAUUUGCUAUGCUCCCCAAUUCAUGGGGAGGGAGAUAAGGUUAUAGGUUGUGUUUUCCAUCAAAUGCUAAAUGUGAUAUUAAUGGUAGAAGCAGGCGAAGGAGCCCAUCGUGCUCCCCUUACUGUUACAUCACCAGUGAUCAACAGUAGAAACCAGGCAGUGCAGUUCAUCAGCUCACUUGUGGAUGAACUAAAGGAGAAUAUAUUCCCAGUCCUUCGUAUCUUACUCCAGCACAUCUGUGCCAAGGUGAUUGACAAAUCAGAGUACCGGACCUAUGCAGCCCAGUCCCUGGUCCAGCUGCUCAGCAAACUUCCCAGUAGGGAAUAUGCUACAUUCAUUGCUUGGCUUUACAGAUAUUCACGAAGUUCCAAGAUCCCACACAGGGUUUUUACUCUGGAUGUUGUCUUAGCUCUGUUGGAACUGCCUGAAAGAGCGGUAGAUAACACUCUCUCCUUGGAGCAUCAGAAGAUCAUAAAGCAUAAGUUCUUGGUGCAGGAAAUUAUAUUUGACCGUUGUGUAGACAAAGCACCAACUGUCCGCAGCAAGGCACUGUCCAGUUUUGCACACUGCCUGGAGGUGUCUGUUACCACUGCAUCAGAGAGCAUCCUGGAAUUUCUGAUUAACAGUCCUGCAGUUUCAAGAGCAGACAGCCACCCUGGUACCUUACUGAGAAAUUCAGCAGCUUUUCCCUAUCAGAGGCAAACACUUAACCCUUCUGGAGGCUCAGGAGUGAUCAGUAUAGACAACAGUGGUGAAACUGAUGGAUCUGGGGUGAGAUGUGUCAUGGGAAUGCUGAAAAAGAGAAUCAGGGAUGAGAAGACCAAUGUCCGGAAGUCUGCACUCCAGGUAUUAGUGAGUAUUUUGAAACACUGUGACAUCUUGGGUAUGAAAGAAGAGCUAUUGCUUCUGCAGGACCAGUGUCGGGACCCUGCAGUGUCUGUCCGAAAGCAGGCCUUACAGUCUCUUACUGAACUUCUCAUGGCCCAGCCUGGAUGUGUCCAGAUACAGAAAGCCUGGCUAACAGGGAUCAUUCCAGCUGUGAUGGACUGUGAGAGCACUGUGCAGGAAAAGGCUCUGGAAUGCCUUGACCAGCUCCUGUUGCAGAACAUUAAGCAUUAUAAUAAAUUCCAUACUGGAGACAACAGCCAGGUACUGGCUUGGGCACUUCUUACUCUCCUUAGUACAGAAAACCAGGAACUGAGCCGCUAUUUAAAUAAGGCUUUUCAUAUCUGGUCCAAGAAAGAGAAAUUCUCAUCCAGUUUUAUAAACAAUGUGAUAUCCUACACUGGCACAGAACAUUCUGCACCAGCCUGGAUGCUGCUUUCCAAGAUUGCUUGCUCAUCACCCAAGCUGGACUAUACCAAAAUAAUAGAGUCCUGGGAGAAAAUCAGCAGUCAACAGAAUCCCAAUCCAAACACCUUAGGACAUAUUUUAUGUGUUAUUGGGCAUAUCGCAAAGCAUCUUCCUAAGAGCACGCGGGACAAGGUGACUGAUGUGGUCAAGUGUAAGCUGAAUGGAUUCCAGUGGUCUCUAGAGUUGAUCAGCUCAGCUGUUGAUACUUUGCAAAGACUCUGUAGAGCAUCUGCAGAGACACCAAUGGAGGAACAGGAAUUACUGAAGCGGGUGUGUGGGGAUGUCCUCUCCACCUGUGUGCAGUCUCUGUCCAACAUAGUUCUGAAGGAAAGUGGCCCUGGGAAUGUGGAUGAAGACCUGUUCGUGAAGUACAUUUUUACCUUGGGAGAUAUAGCCCAGCUUUGUCCAGCCAGAGUGGAGAAGCGAGCCUUCCUUCUGAUUCAGUCCAUCCUCGCUUCUUCUGUUGAUGUGGAUCAUUCAUCACCUCCAGGUUGCAGUGAAGCCCCAGCGUUUCAGCCACUCUCCCAGGUCAGAGGCUCUGUCAUGCCUUCCGUGAUCAGAGCACAUGCCAUCAUUACCUUGGGUAAGUUGUGCUUACAGCAUGAGGAUCUUGCAAAGAAGAGCAUCCCAGCUCUUGUGCGAGAGCUGGAGGUGUGUGAUGAUGUGGCCGUUCGCAACAAUGUUGUCAUUGUGAUGUGCGACCUUUGUAUCCGGUACACCGUCAUGGUGGACAAGUACAUUCCCAAUAUCUCCAUGUGUCUGAAGGAUUCAAAUCCAUUCAUCCGAAAGCAGACACUCAUCUUGCUUACCAAUCUCUUGCAGGAAGAAUUUGUGAAAUGGAAGGGCUCUCUGUUCUUUCGAUUUGUUAGCACUCUGAUAGAUUCACACCCGGACAUCGCCAGUUUUGGGGAGUUUUGCCUGGCUCACCUGUUACUGAAGAGGAAUCCUGUCAUGUUCUUCCAGCAUUUCAUUGAGUGUAUCUUCCACUUCAAUAACUAUGAGAAGCAUGAGAAGUAUAACAAAUUCCCCCAGUCAGAGAGAGAGAAGCGGCUGUUUUCACUGAAGGGGAAGACAAACAAGCAGAAACGAAUGAAAAUCUACAAGUUUCUUCUGGAGCACUUCACAGAUGAACAGCGAUUCAAUAUCACUUCUAAAAUCUGCCUUAGUAUUUUGGCAUGCUUUGCUGACGGCAUCCUGCCACUGGACAUGGAAGCCAGUGAGUUGCUCUCAGAUACAUUUGAGGUCCUCAGCUCAAAGGAGAUCAAGCUUUUGGCCAUGAGAUCUAAAGCAGAUAAGGACCUGCUUAUGGAAGAAGAUGACACAGCUUUGGCCAAUGCAGUCAUGCAGGAAGCUCAGAAGAGGCUCAUCUCACAAGUUCAGAAGAAGAAUUUCAUAGAAAAUAUUAUUCCAAUUAUCAUCUCCCUGAAGACUGUGCUAGAGAGAAAUAAGAUCCCAGCUUUGCGGGAACUCAUGACCUAUCUCAGGGAGGUGAUGCAGGAUUACCGCGAUGAAAUCAAGGACUUCUUUGCAUUAGACAAGCAGCUGGCGUCGGAGCUCGAGUACGACAUGAAGAAGUACAACGAACAGCUAGCCCAGGAGCAGGAGCUGGCGAGACUGGCAGACGUUGCUCCGAGUUUCGAAGGAAUGCCAGCUCUGGCUGGCCAAGAAGGUGCUGCUGUGCCCGCUGCUGCAAGCCAGCCCUCAACACCCAGGGCGAUUGCUGGCCAGGCACCGCCUCUGCCUUCUACCCUAGAGACGGGGCUGUUGAAGACACUUAUGCCCAAAGGCAGGAGCAUGUCCCUGAGCACCAUCGCAAUCCUGAAUUCUGUCAAGAAAGCUGUGGAGUCCAACAGCAGUCACCGGAGUCGGAGUACAGGAGGGUUGUCAUUCCCUUUGAGUUCUCAAAGCCUGGACAAAAUGUGCCAUCGUGCAACUUCCUACAGCCUGGAGCAGGAGUCCAGCGGAGCUGUUGACCAUGUAACGAAACGAGCGAUCAGCACCCCUGAGAGGACCAUCAAUGAUGUCACAUUUGGAGCAGGAGUCAGCUACAUAGUCACACCACGGACGCCUUCUUCAAUCAAAGAGAAAAUUGAAACCCAGUGUCAAGGAAAUGACAUUUUAUGUUUAUCACUUCCUGAUAAACCGGCCCCGCAGCCUCAGCAGUGGAACGUGAAGUCCCCAGCCAGAAAUAAAGAUAACCCGGCCCCCAGCAGGAGGUCACUCCGAAAGACCCCACUGAAAACAGCCAACUGAAACCGUGUGUUUGGGAGUGUCUGGGAGGCAAGAGCUCUAAGGACAUGGUGUGUCCUGUCUGUGCAGAGUCCGCUUCCCUCACCCCCAGGGAGAGGGCAGCUUUUAGUGUGUGAUACCAGAGACGUUCCUGUGAUUCCAGCCCGUAACUGUUCACCUGUGUGGGCUGACCAACCUUUUACAUUUCUCUUUAUGAAUAUAUGAAAUAUGAAAAAAGUUGUAAAAUAUUAGAGAAAUGUCUUAGCUAUUUAAAAUAUUCUAACUUUACUCCAUUUGAAAGUAUCAAGUUCAUUCUGGUAAACUGUAUUCUGGUCCUUAAGGAACACAACUUAACAGAUGAGUUUUCUAUUAUAUAAAUCAGGCCUCUGUUAUCUGUUUGGAAUUCCCUACAUAGUUUCCUGUAUCUAAUGAUGAAAGUUUGACUGUAAUUAUUUUUUUAUUCUUAUUUAUAAAUUAGAAGUUUUUAAAGUGUACAGCUUUCUAAAAUGGAAUAAUAAAGGUUAAACAUAAAUACA